UCUCUCUCUCUCUCUCUCUCAAUUUUUAGGGGGAAAAAAAUCAAACGGUUUUCUGUAGAAAUUGGGGGCAAGGAAACCAAGCAGCGAGGAGGAGGAUGAACAUGUCAGUGAUUUCUCUACAGGAGUAUGACUUUGAGAAACAGUUCGAUGAGAGGGGAGCCAUAGAAUGGAUGCAGGAGAACUGGAGCAAGUCGUUCCUGUUUUCUGCAGUUUAUGCUGCAUUGAUCUUUGCAGGGCAGUAUUACAUGAGAGAGCGGAAGAAAUUUGAACUUCGGAAACCAUUAGUCUUGUGGUCACUGACCCUUGCUUUAUUCAGUAUACUUGGUGCUUUCAGAACAGGGUGGUAUAUGUGGCAUGUGCUGUACACCAGUGGCUUCAAGCAAUCCGUGUGUGACCAGAGCUUCUACAAUGGACCUGUGAGCAAAUUCUGGGCAUAUGCAUUUGUCUUGAGCAAGGCUCCAGAACUAGGUGACACUAUAUUCAUCGUUUUACGGAAACAGAAGCUGAUAUUCCUGCACUGGUAUCACCACAUCACAGUGUUGCUGUACUCCUGGUAUUCCUACAAAGAUAUGGUAGCUGGUGGCGGCUGGUUCAUGACUAUGAAUUAUGGUGUCCAUGCCUUUAUGUACUCAUACUAUACCCUUCGCGCUGCAGGCUUUCAUGUGCCACGUAGGUUUGCCAUGUUUAUUACCCUCACCCAGAUCAUGCAGAUGAUAAUGGGCAUGGUGGUGAACGUGCUGAUUUACAUGUGGAUGCACGAGGGUCAUUGCCCUUCUUUCUUUGCAAAUAUCGUCUUGUCUUCCAUUAUGUACUUUAGCUACUUCCUUCUCUUUUGCUGUUUCUUCUACGAAACCUACUUAAAUAGGAAGAAGGGUUUAAAGGCAGAUUAA